CUGGUGUUCGAUCAUCUCCCUUCUCCCCCAACCCCUCAAUUUCUCCUCCUCCGAAGUACUCCCCCAACCCCCUUUCAAACCCUAACCCUAACCCCCUCUUUAUCUCUUUCUCUCUCAAUAUCCAUCGCCAUCACCAUGAGCUGGUGGUGGGCGGGCGCCAUCGGCGCGGCGAAGAAGAAGCUGGACGAGAACGCGGAGGCGGCGGCGGCGGCGGUGCCGACGCGCUACGAAAGCGUGGGGCUGGUGGUGGGCGCGACGGGGAUCGUGGGCACGAGCCUCCUCGAGAUCCUGCCCCUCUCCGACACGCCGGGGGGUCCCUGGAAGGUCUACGCCGUGAGCCGCAACCCGCGCCCCUCCUGGUCGCCGCCGAUCUGCGACGGGCCCUCCGUCGAGCACGUGCAGUGCGACCUCUCCGACCCCGACGACGCCGCCGCGAAGCUCUCCCCGCUCGCCGACGUGACCCACGUCUUCUACGUGGCCUGGACGAGCCGCCCCUCCGAGGACGAGAACCGCGCCGCCAACACCGCCAUGCUCCGCAACGCCCUCUCGGUGCUCGUCCCCGCCGCCCCGAACCUCCAGCACGUGUGCCUCCAGACCGGGCGCAAGCACUACGUCGGCCCCUUCGAGGCCCUCGGCCGCGUCCCCGCCCACGACCCCCCCUUCCACGAGGACCUCCCCCGCCUCGACGUUCCCAAUUUCUACUACGACCUCGAGGACGCGCUCCUCGACGAGCUCUCCAAGCGCCCCUCCUCCUCCUCCCCCGUGAGCUGGUCCGUGCACCGCCCCUCCGUGAUCUUCGGGUUCUCCCCCCGCAGCGCCAUGAACCUGGUCGAGACGCUCUGCGUCUACGCGGCGAUAUGCCGCAGGGAGGGGGCGAAGCUGCGGUGGCCCGGGGGCCGCGUCGCGUGGGAGGGGUUCAGCGACGCGUCGGAUGCGGAUCUGGUGGCGGAGCACCAGAUCUGGGCCGCGGUCGACCCCUUCGCCAAGAACGAGGCCUUCAACUGCAGCGACGGCGACGUGUACAAGUGGAAGCACCUGUGGCCGAUCCUCGCCGAUCAGUUCGGCGUCGACUGGGUCGGCUACGAGGGGGAGGAGAAGCGGUUCAAAUUGGCGGAGGCGAUGGAGGGGAAGGAGCAGCUGUGGGCGGAGAUGCUCACGCCGACGCGGCUCGACGAGGUCGGCAACUGGUGGUUCGCCGACAUCAUGUUCGGCUACGAUGCUGAGCACCUCGACAGCAUGAACAAGAGCAAGGAGCACGGCUUCUUGGGGUUCCGCAACACAGUAUCUUCCUUCAACACUUGGAUCGAUAAGAUGAAGGCUUAUAAGAUCGUUCCUUGAAAUAUUUUUCUGCUACUAUUGUUUCUGCUUGCUUGAAUUGUGCUUUUCCUAUGUUGAUGUUUGUUGAAUUGUUCGUGGGCGGGGAUCAGGUCUACAAAAUCUUGUAUUGUAUACAAACAGUUGGAUGAAAUAAGAGAGCAUCUUCGAUGCUCGCCAUGUUUUUGUUGAUUUGUCCA